UGAUGACUUGUUUCACUGACUUACGAAUUUCCGCUUUUCCUCGCAUUCAGUUCAGGCAUUGAGUAUUAUCAGGCUUUCCUGUUGCUCAUUGCUCUUCCUCAAGUAUCUGUCCGACUAAGUCGAAAAAAUACUCUCCUAGGUCGCGCCCGCUUUAUCUGGUCGCUCAACGUCUCCAUCGAGCAGAGGUUGUGAAGACCCGCGUUUCUUGUUCACGAGGAGUUUUACCGUGACACGAGAGUAGGAGACCAACGCAGUAGUCAUGGCGGCUUGCGCUUCUACACUACAGAUCCCUGCGUAUUCAUUCGCAGCUCAGCCUGUUUCCCUCUCCUCCAGCCAGAGACUAGCGAGCACCAGCAGCCUACCAGCGACAUGGGGAAACGCUCGCCAGGCGUCGUCGCCGUCGCACGGUCGCCAACAGCGCUUCGCCGUCAGAGCAGCAGCUGCUGAAGAGGCGGCAAAGAAAGAAUCUGGCAACGGCAGCGACAGCGAGGUGGACAACCACAUUCUGCCGUACUGCGACAUCACGAAGAGGCGGCAGCGCACGCUGGGCGAGAUGGAGCAGGAGUUCCUGCUGGCGCUGCAGGCGUACUACAUCGGGCAGGAGCCCAUCAUGGGCAACGAGGAGUUCGACAACCUCAAGGAGGAGCUGCUCUGGGAGGGCAGCCAGGUCGUCGUGCUCUCCAAGGACGAGCAGAAGUUCAUGGAAGCUUCCUUGGCGUACCAGGCGGGCAAGCCGUUCAUGAGCGACAGGGAAUACGACGAGCUCAAGCGAGCCCUCAAGACCAAGGGCAGCAAGGUGGCCAUCGAGGGCCCUCGCUGCAGCCUGCGCACGCGCAAGUCGUACAGCGACAGCAUGGUGGACUACUUCCGUAUGACCGCCCUCAACCUCCCCGCCGCCAUCCUCGCGCUUCUAGUUGUCUUCUUCUUUGAUGACAUCAGCGGAUUCGAAAUCACCUACCUACUCGAGCUGCCCGAGCCCUGGAGCUUUGUGUUCACGUGGUUCGUGGUGCUGCCCAUCGUGUACCUCCUGAGCCAAGCCAUCACCAAUGGCAUCUUCAAAGACUUCCUCAUUCUGCAGGGUCCGUGCCCCAACUGCGGGCACAAGAACGUGAGCUUCUUUGGCACAAUUCUGACAGUCAGCACAGGCAAGCGGGUCAACGAGGUCAAGUGCGAGGGGUGCGGCUCCUCCAUCUCCUUUGACCUGGACACCCGUAGAAUCACCCUCGAAGCCCUCCCUCCCCUUGCAGCUGGCAAGGGCGCACCGAAAUCUGCAUAGACUGUAAUAACUGAUUGCAUAGUCCGUCCACGCAGCAAGUUGAACUCGUUUUAUCUGUAAUUUCUUUUGCUAUUGCCCUCAAUGUGUUUUUUGAAUGACUGACCGCCAGAAGUUACAUGAUGUUUAAUAAGGCAUGAAUUCCCCA